AUGGCCGACCAAGCAAUCAGGGCCUAUGAGGAGCAGAGGCGCAUUUUUUCGACCCAGAACACAGCGGAAGCAGUGCAGCGUGUUUACUGGGAGGAUAAUAGCCGCCGCAAGCGGCAGGCUCCGACGCCAGUGGCCAGCUCUACAGCGACGCCCGUAGAACCGCACUCGGAGCAGCCGUCGACCACACCGCACCAGGACGCGACGUUGGUUUUGCCAUGGGCAAUGCAGGACAGUGUGGCGGCGCAAGCAACUGCAUCACACCUUGGAGUCGACAUCAAUGAUGAGGCGGCCAUGCAAGGAUGGCUCGCGCGACCAGUCCGCACCAAUCAAGAUGUGCUGACAUUGAUGAGAAGUUACCAUGAAAAGGUGAUCAGACCCGAGAUGUUCAACAUGGUGGUGCAGUUGGAAACAGCUCUCAAGACCAUCGGAGAUUCUGUGUAUGCCACGCGCAGAGAGCUGGAAUGGAUGGGAUCUGAAAACAGGCUGAUGCAAAAGCAUCAGAGUGGCGUACAGUUGGUCACCUCAGGAUGGCCAACGGGGCUUGCACCGGAGCAGCGGAUGUAUCAGCUGUGCUGGAUGCUCAGCCAGUGCCCCAAGAUCGUCACCUUUCUGCAAGAUCGGGCAUACAACACAGACCACUCCGCCAACCUCAUGGUGUUCCUCAAUGUCUUGGCGGUUGAGCCCACCACAGAUCCGCAGCAGGCUGGUUUUUACUCUACCAUGACGCUCCUUACAUUCAAGUCAUGGCAGACAAGGUCAGCUUUCCUGGAGAGGUUUGGCGGUUCGGAUGGCACUCCGCUCUAUACGAGCGAGACCACCCCGCAACCUGGACAUCACAUCCGGGUGUCGCCGUCUUCGCCACAGUGGCAGCGGAAGUUGGAAUCCCCGCUGCGUGUGAUAAUUGCGGCAAUCAACGACCACCCCGAACACCAGGAUGCGUCGUUGAUUAUUUUGUGGAAAACCCUUACAUUGAUGGCGCCAGUGAACAAGGCAGACCGGAAGUUCAAGCCGGACGCCGCAGCCUCUGCACGUCUGUACUACCACGAAGAGCUCUUCAACGUCCUCCAGACCACUCCGCUGAACAAGGACGCCACGGAGCAGACGCUAUGGGCCGAGCACUGGAACAGGGCAACGGUGGUGGCAAAUGCCAAGCAUGAGGCAAAGGGGUCAGGAAAAGGCUGGCAGAUGGGCAAAGGCAAAAAGCAUUGGUCGUCAGCGCUGGUGCACAAUGACCACUACUCCCCAUAUCCAUUUGAGUUGGAUACAGUAGUAGUCGACAAGGUAGCAUUUUGCUGGAAUGAAUACUGCGACAAGAUGGGAGCAUCUGCUGAGAAAGUUAAUUCAUAUAGCAUUGCUACGUUUGAGGGGAAGCCUGCUGAUGUUGAGCAAGGGGAUGUGGACAUGGAAAACCCUGACCACUCCGCUCCACCAGCAACCCCAGCAGCAGCUUCAACAGUGCCAACUGCUGCCAAGUCCAUGCCACCCCCGGCCACCCCAAAGGGGAGGGGCAGACAGCACAAGGGAGCCUGA